AUGCUCCCUGCUCUGGAGGGGCACCCCGAGGGCGGGGGGGCCGCGCUGUUCGGCGCGGUGAUGCCCGAGGCGGGGAUUAGCCUCGGGCAGCCCUGUCGCUGCGAGGCAAGGAUCCUGGGCUUCGUGGCCAAAGGCUCCUUCGGGACCAUCCUCAAAGUGCUGGACUGCGGGCGGGAGAAGGUCUGCGCCGUGAAGGUCGUGCCCAAAGUGGAGGUGCUGCGCCGCGACACCCUCAAGCAGUGCAAGGAGGAAGUCAGCAUCCAGAGACAGGUCAGGCACCCGUUUGUCCACGGGCUGGGGGACAGCUGGCAGGGCCAGCGCCACCUCUUCAUCAUGUGCACCUACUGCAGCACUGGAGACCUGCACGCGCUGUGGCGUGCCGCCGAGCGCUUCGCUGAGGCCACUGUCCGCCUGUUCGCUGCCGAGCUGGUGCUGGUGCUGGUGUACCUCCAUGACCUGGGCAUCGUGCACAGAGAUGUGAAGAUGGAGAAUAUCCUCCUGGAUGAGAGAGGACACCUCAAGCUCACUGACUUCGGCCUCUCCCGGCACCUGCGCUGGGGCGAGAGAGCCCACACCAUCUGCGGCACCCUGCAGUACAUGGCCCCGGAGGUGCUGAGCGGGGGGCCCUACAGCCACACAGCCGACUGGUGGUCCCUGGGAGUCCUGCUCUUCGCCCUGGCCAGCGGGGAGUUCCCCGUGGCGCCGGCGGGGGACCACGUGGCCAUGCUGGAGCGCGUCAAGCAGAGCAGCUACGAGAGCCCGCCCGCGUUCAGCCCUGCGCUGGCCCGGCUGCUCGCCGAGCUGCUGUGCCACAACCCCCUGCGCCGCCUGCGCUACCUCCACCACUUCCAGGGCCACCCCUUCUUCCACGGGGUGGUCUUUGAUGCCGACCUGCUGCAGAAGGACCCGGUGGCGGGGGCGGUGGCCCCGCGCCCCCCCGAGCAGCCCCCGCCCGACCCCGCCGCCUUCGCCGACUUCGACUGCGACCUCGCCGCCCCCCCGGUGUCCUGCACCCGGCGGCCCCCCAGCAGCGUCGCCCCGGUGCCCUGCAACCCAGGACCCCCCCAAAGUGCUGCCCUGCGCCCUCCCAGCAGCACCCCCCUGGUGCCUUGCCCCCCGGAGCCCCCCAGCAGCACCAUCCCAGAGACCCCUCGAACUCCCACCCUGGGGUCCAGCACGUCAGAGCCCCCCAGGAGUCCCACCCUGGUGCCUGGUGCCCCCGAGCCCCUCAGCAGCACCAGCCUGGAGUCCCCUGGCAGUUCCACUCCAGGGUCCUGCACCUCAGGGUCCCCCAACAGCACCCCAGAGCCCCCCAGCAGUAUCCAGCCAGUCCUGGGGCCCAGCACCCCGGCGUCCCUCGGCAGCACUGAGCCAGCCCCCCUGUGCAGCCUAGUCCUGGGGCCCAGCACCCCAGAGCUCCCCAGCGGGAUCAAGCUGUCCCCCUUGUGCAGCCCAGCCCUGGGGCCCAGCACCCCGGAGCCCCCCAGCAGCACCGAGCCAGUCCUGGGGCCCAGCACCCCAGAGCCCUACAGCAGCACCGAGCUGGCCCCCCUGUGCAGCCCAGUCCUGGGGCCCAGCACCCCAGAGCCCCCCAGCAGCGUUCUGCCAGCCCCCCUGUGCAGCCCAGUCCUGGUGUUGUGUACCCCAGAGCCCCCCAGUGGCAGCACCACCCCAGGGCCCCCUGACAUUAUCAGCUCAGUGCCUUGCACUCCAAACUCCCUGGGCAGCACCACUCUAGCACCCUGCACCCCUGGGCUCCCUGGCACCAGCUCCACCCCGCGGGAAGCUCCCUUCCAUGGCUGGCGAGCGGUGCCUGCUGACGUCUCCUGCAGCCCCGUGGCCCCUGAGCCCCCGGCUGGAGACGGAAUUGCAGGUCCCCUGCCUUGCCAAGACACCCCUGAGGGGGCCGAGUCCCCAGCCCCUGCCCCCCUAGAGCAGGGGCCCCCUCCCACCGAGGCAGGUAGGUCGGAGCAUGCCGGGUCGGAUGCAACAGCCAUCCCCUCGCCCGAGGUGGUCCUGGGUGCCGAGUCCUGGGUGUUGCCGCUGGCGUGGCUGGAGAAGAGCCUCAACACCUUGUCUGUGCUGGAGUCCCUGCAGCACAGUCUGCCCCUGCCCGCACCACAGCGGGUCGCCGGCACCAGCGUCACCCCCGUGCCCACAGCGGUCGCCGGCACCAGCGUCACCCCCGUGCCCACGGCAGUUGCCAGCACCUUCAUGACCCCCCAGUACCUGCAGGAGAGGAGCAUGAACACGUCUGUGGGUGGCCCCCCCUGCACCAAGCACAGCGCUGCUGAAACAGACUCCCUGCUCUGGCACUGUCCCCAGGAGCACCUGAAGUCCCUGCCACGGGCAGAGCUGGAGGGGUGGCUGGAGAGCAUCCUCAUCGUCAAUCAAGUCCUCUCGCUCCAGCUGCGCAGCUGGCAGGAGAGCCAGCAGCCACUGCCCGGCGUGGGGCCAGCCGAACAGAGGGAUGCAGUCACGCAGACAGACAUCGCCCACCUGAAGGGGAGUGCCUGGAGCAGGCAGUGCCUCCUGUUUCGGGGCCAUGCGGGUGCCGUGUUUCAGAGCUUGCAGGAUAAGCAGGGAGAGCAGGUGAGGGCCCUGGUGUUGCGGUGCCAGGCUGUGCUGGAGAGCGUGCCCGGCAAGCUGCAGAGCUGCCUGGAGGAGCGGGACGCCAUGAGGCAGCGAGUGGACGAAGCCCUCCGAGCCAAGGAGGAGGCCGAUGGCUUCCUGGAGUCCUUCCGUGCCCAUGCCAGUGCCCAGAUCAGCGCCCGCGACCAGAGCCUGGCCUCCCAGCGAGAGCUGGGGACGCUGCUGGUGGAAGCCAUCGACCAGCAGGCAUCCCUGGCUGCCGAGACUCAACAUUCCCGGGAAUUCAUAGACAUCACCUUUGAAAAACUGGAGGAGGAAAGGAAAGCCCUGGACACGGAGUGGGAGCAGGCGAGGGCUCUGAUGUCCCGGUGCCAGGCUGCCCUGGAGAGUGUGCCCGGCAAGCUGCAGAGCAGCCUGGAGGAGCGGGACGCUAUGAGGCAGCGAGCAGAGGAAGCUCUUCAAGCCAAGGAGGAGGCGUCCUGCCAGCUGGAGGAGACCUCAGUGGCCCUGCAGGACGCAGCGGCUCAGCUGGAGCAGCUGACAGUGGCCAACUCGCGCCUGAGCGCAGACCUGAGCUCCCUGAUGAUGAAUCUGGCCAGCCUGGAGCAGGAGAGGGAUGCGCUGCAGCAGGAAAACAAGGAGCAGUGGGAGGAGAUGGCCCGGCUGUCGCGGGAGAGGAGCACCCUGCAGCAGGAGUGCAAUGGGCUGUACCAGGAGCUGCGGGAGGCCACCGAGUGCCGGGAGUUCCUCAACCAGGAGAACCACGUGUCCCGCACGCAGCUGCUAGAGGUGGAGGCCAAGCUGAAGUCCUCUCAGGCCGCCCUGCAGGAGUGCAGCAUGCAGUACGAGGACCUGAUGGACUCCCACCAGCGCCUGCGGGAAGAGCAGGCUGCCCUCGGCAAGGAGCUGGAGAGCACCAAGGCUGAGCUCCUCGACUUGCGGCUCAAGAGGGACAAAAUCUCCUGGUGCUCCACAGACAUCGCUGAGAGCAAGAUGUGGCUGCGGGAGCUCGCUGACUGCCUCAGGGCUGCUCUGCAAGCAGAGGAUGACGCCCCGUUGACAAGCAGAGCCUGGACACCGGGCUGGCAGACACCACACCGUGCCUGGACCCCCGUCUGCCGCAUGCCGUCGUGCCGCACCCCAUACCGCGCCGGGGCCUCCUUCGUGGGCAGCGUCCUGAAAGCGGUGUCAGGGAAAGAGCCUGAGGAUGGUCUGCUGGAGAGCAUGAAGGAGCUGAGAGCUGUGGUCUCCGACCUUGCCAUGCUGAGCUCCCGCAUCCAGGACCUGGAGCAGAGCAAGUUUAAGGCGCUGCAGACGGAGCUCUCUGACCUGCAGCUCCAGCUGGAGACAGUGACAGCCCAGAGCCAGGAGAAGAUGGACACCCAGGCUGCCACCAUUGCCAAGUUGAACAAGAUGCUGAGGGGCAAGAUAGAGAAUGAGAAGUUGCUGCAGGACGUGGUGAAACAGCAGGAAGAGAAGAUGCUGCAACUCAUCGACAAGAGCGGGGAAGUCACGAUGCUGAAGGAAGAGGUCUCCCUGCUGAAGCGCUCGCUCCAGCGUGCGGAGACGGAGGCCAAGGUGCUGUGGGAGGAGGUGCGGGGGCAGGAGUCCAAGGUGGAUGCUGAUUAUGUCCAGGAGAGAGUCCUGCUGCAGCGGGAGGUGGACAAACUGCGGCUGCUGCUCGUGGAGAGAGAGGAUGAGAGACUGCUGCUCUCCAACAAGUACCUGGAGCAGGUCCGGGGGCUGGAGCUGAGGCUCCAUCACACCCAGAAAGUGCUGAGGACCCACGAGGAGAUGCAGGAGAAGGUGAAAGAGGUCCUGUCGGCCUUCCCUGAUGCGGCAGCGGGCUGCCACGAGUUCCACAGCCUGCUGCGCUACUUGGGCCUGAAGCCGGCCAGCGGCAGCAAGGAAGCUGCUGAGCCGAGUGUGAAACCUUCUUGUCCUUAA